AUGUCGGUACUCGCCGCUCAUGCUUGUAUCUCCGAAAGGGGUAGUCAGAAGCGAAAGAAACGACAACAUUUUGACUACUAUACCUUCAGUUCCACUGACGAAAUAAAGGGCACGUCUAUUGUUGUCAACUGGGCACCUUGGGGAACUCCGGAGCUUCUCACAGACACGAAAGCCUCGGAAUGGGAUUUGUCCCAUGAUAUAGACGUAAACUAUCUCCAGAACACCCCAAGACUUACAAGAGAAGAAAAAAACGAUAUCGAAGUACUAUAUAAGAAUAAAUAUGUACCAUUAAACAAAGUAGGAGAGUUUAACUUCACUCUGGGACUUGGUGAAGAAGAAAUAGUAGAGACAGACAACUCUAUCGAUAGAUUUAAGAGGAACAUUCCAGAUAGUAUAACAUUUGCAUUAGAAACUUCUACAGACUCCUACAGAACUGUUACUAAAAGUGUAGAAAGUGCCUCCGCAGAGACGGAGCGCCAGGAGAUCAGUAGAAGAACUCGACAAGUGACACGUGAAAUGGAUUUCACCAGUGUGAGAGCUGAUCCCAUAAUUGUAAGUGUAGAAGGACUUCGGAUAGAAGAGUCAGAAAAGGACCCCAAGAUUACUGAAAGUGGUGUUCCCAGCAUCUUGGCUGAUACCAAAGUAACUUUAAGGUUAUUCGGUAGCGGUCUAACAUCUAGAACAGUGAUAGCUUUCACACAUGAGCUGCAGGAUGCUGGUCAACCGUGCAAGUUCCUGGUCAGAGGAGAAUACAUGGUAAAACAAGGAUCUCUAGAAAGAAGAACAGCUUUAUUCGACAUCAUCGCACCAGCACCAGGUCUUGACGGCAAACUUUAUGUAUGUGCCAAAAACUUAAAAGCCGGGAUCGAUGACCCAUUUAAUGACGAAGAAAAAUACAUACAUCAAGGCACAGAGACAUAUAAAAUGCUGGAGUCCCAUAAAAAAUUGCUACCUCUUUGGGCCACAAUGAUUUUAAUAUUAACAUGUCUGACAUUUUCCGCCUUAUUCUCCGGUCUGAACUUAGGUUUGAUGUCAUUAGACCGCACUGAGUUGAAAAUUAUAUCAAAUACAGGAACAGAGAAAGAAAGGAAGUACGCCAGAGCAAUCAUGCCGGUUAGAGAUCACGGGAAUUACUUGUUAUGUAGUAUUCUUCUUGGCAAUGUGGCUGUGAACUCAACUUUUACGAUUCUUCUCGACGAGUUAACUUCUGGACUGUUCGCGGUGAUAUUUUCGACUUUGGCGAUCGUGUUGCUUGGUGAGAUUACGCCGCAAGCGAUUUGUUCGCGACAUGGUCUGAUGGUAGGAGCCAAGAGUAUUAUGGUGACAAAGGCUGUGAUGGCAUUGACGGCACCUCUAGCGUUCCCAGUCAGUAAACUCCUGGAUUAUUUCCUGGGAGAAGAGAUUGGCAGCGUUUAUAAUAGAGAAAGACUUAAGGAGCUCGUAAAGGAAAUCAAAAUGAUCCUGCUCCAGGUUACGACAGACGUCAACGACCUGGACAAAGAUGAGGUGAACAUCAUAUCUGGUGCUCUAGAACUUCGCAAGAAGACUGUGUCAGACGUGAUGACCAAGUUGGAGGAUGUGUUCAUGCUGCCCAUCAGCUCGGUGCUGGAUUUUGAGACUAUGUCGGAAAUUAUAAAAUCUGGUUAUUCCCGAAUCCCAGUAUACGAAGGCAGCCGUACCAACAUUGUCACGGUCCUGUUCAUCAAGGAUCUGGCGUUCGUAGACCCUGACGACAACACACCACUUCGCACCCUCUGCCAAUAUUAUCAGAACCCUUGCAAUUUUGUUUUCGAAGAUGUCACCCUGGAUGUCAUAUUUAAGCAGUUUAAAGAGGGUCACAAAGGACACAUGGCGUUCGUUCACCGCAUAAACAACGAAGGUGAAGGCGAUCCCUUCUACGAGACCAUCGGCCUGGUCACGCUGGAGGACGUCAUCGAGGAACUGAUACAAGCUGAGAUCGUGGACGAAACCGACGUAUUUUUGGACAACCGGUCUAAGCGUCGUCGCUACAAGCCACAGAACAAGCUGCAGGACUUCACUGCGUUCGCUGAACGUCACGAGAACCAAAGGAUACAUAUAUCGCCACAACUCACGCUUGCCACUUUCCAGUUUUUAAGUACAAGUGUUGAUGCCUUCAAACCCGACACGGUCUCGGAAACCGUACUCAGGCGUCUUCUCAAGCAAGACGUCAUCCAACAUAUAAAACUGAAAGGGAAGACCAAAAAAGAUCCUAGCACUUACGUAUUCCAACAAGGGAAGCCGGUGGACUACUUCGUAUUGAUCCUCGAAGGUCGUGUGGAGGUGACGGUGGGGCGAGAGAACCUGGUCUUCGAAGCUGGACCCUUCACUUACUUCGGAGUGCAGGCACUCACGCAGAACGUCGGUGUCGCUGAGUCUCCGACGCCAUCAGCGAUGGGUUCCCUCCAGAACAUAAACAUGGACGCGAUGCUGCGACACACGUUCGUGCCAGACUACUCCGUCAGAGCCAUCGCGGAGUUAUUCUACUUGACUGUCAAACGAUCUCUCUACCUAGCCGCAAAGCGAGCCACACUUAUGGAGAAAGGGGCGCUGUCUAAAGGCGCUACAAACGAACAGUUUGAUACUGAAGUAGAUAAGCGUCCUUCAAGAUUGAAUAUAAUCGAGCUAAUGCAAAUAUCACGAAACUAUGAGUCGUCAGAGAGAUUGGACGUAUUGUCGGACAAGCAUUCGUCGAAGCCGUCCAAUUGUGACCGGUAUUGGUCACGUCCGGACAAUACUAGAGCUAAACUGGGUAUUACAACAAAAUCCUAUAACGACAUGACAAGAACCGGUCCAUCCAAAUCUUACGCCAACGCAUGUGACUCAGCCAAGUAUUGGGUGAAUUAUGAGCUCAAGGGUAAAUAUAAUAGUGAUGCGACCAAACACAUACAAGAUAUCGAUGCCAAUGAUUGCGAUGAAUGUAUCAGAAAUAACUUCUGGAUUAACAGUACUUUGUUGACGAAGAGUGCUGAUGAUGCGAAACUGAACGAACCCGAUCACAACAAACGCAAGAAAACCACCUUCCACACCGACUCUUCCUUACUCACCUUCCAUAACCUGUCUCCAAACGACCAGGACCAAGACAUAGACCUUUCUAACAUAGAGGAUGAAUAUAAGUCCCUAGAUUCGGAACGCCACCGAUAUGAGAGGUUCCUAGCCUUCGAAAGAGAUGAGAACAGAGAGACAGAGAGAUUGGAUUUAGAAAAAAGAAGAAUUGAAACCGAGGAACUGAUGCUGGUCCAGCUCUCUAAGAUCAUUGCUAUGAGUCCAGAUAGGGCUCCUAAACACGAAGUAGAAGGGUUCCUUUGGGUGAAGGAAUCUUUGGAACUUACAGUAGGAUCUGAAAAAAAUCAGCUACUGAUACAAGCACCAUUAUUUCAGUCUGUAGACGAGGAUACGAGCAUCAGCGGUGACCAUAAAACUCCUUCCAGACAGGUCUCUCCUCAUCCUCCAGUCUCCGCGUCGCCGUACACUCGCUCCUCAUUCUCCAGGACGGAGCGGAAUGGAGAUCUAUUCAGAGCUGAUGAACAAGAGAAGUUGUUAAAAUAA